AUGUCGCAAACUGACGAGGCACAGCGUGAAGACGAGAUCCAAUAUGGUAUCGUGGGCAUGACCCGCGAAGAGAUUGAGGAAAAGUUUCCGAAUCGCCCAAAGAAUCACUCCAAGACCCUCGUCUUCUCGGAGCUGUUUCGAGAAGUCUUCAACCCCCUCAAUGAGAACAAGAAGCAGAAUGCCACUGGCACAGGCCCUAGAAAAGGUUUCCGUGGUGUGAAUAAGCUUUCUCCUCAUGAACAGCGUCGGCACAUUAUUGAGCGCUUCAUCACUCGAUGGCGCAAAGAAGUUGGUCCUGAUUUCUAUCCCGCUUUGCGCCUAAUCCUGCCAGACAAAGACCGUGACCGUGGAGUUUAUGGGCUCAAAGAAAACACAAUUGGAAAGUUGCUUGUCAAGCUUAUGAAAAUCGACAAAAAUUCCGAAGAUGGCUACAACCUCUUGCAUUGGAAGCUACCAGGUCAGACUACUGCGUCGCGCCUGGCGGGUGACUUUGCAGGACGAUGUUUUGAAGUCAUCUCAAAGAGGCCAAUGCGCACCGAGGUUGGGAACAUGAGCAUUGCAGAAGUCAAUGAGCAGCUUGACAAACUCGCAGCUUCAAUAGGGGAGGCAGAGAAUCUGCGAGUCUUUGAGACCUUCUACAAUCGUAUGAAUUCAGAAGAGCUCAUGUGGCUCAUUCGGAUCGUCCUCAAACAGAUGAAAGUUGGGGCCACGGAGAAGACUUUCCUUGACUUGUGGCAUCCAGACGGAGACGCUCUAUUUAGUGUGUCAUCAAGUUUAAGACGUGUUUGCUGGGAGCUGCAUGACCCAGAAACCCGCCUUGAGCAGGAGGAAACUGGCGUUGCCUUAAUGCAAUGUUUCCAACCACAACUCGCACAAUUCCAGAUGCCUUCAUCAUUUGAAAAAAUGAUCGCUCUUCUGCGACCGACCGAGCAAGACCCCGAAUUCUGGAUUGAGGAAAAGUUGGACGGUGAGCGUAUGCAAGUCCAUAUGGUCCAAGACAAGAGUCACCCAGGCGGCAAACGGUUCUGUUUUUGGUCGCGGAAAGCCAAAGAUUACACAUAUCUCUACGGCGAUGGUCUUCAAGACGAGAACUCAAGUCUAACCAGACAUUUAAAAAACGCAUUUGCAUCUGGAGUGAAAAACUUGAUAUUGGACGGCGAAAUGAUCACCUGGGAUAUGGGUGUCGACAAGAUAGUGCCCUUUGGCACCCUCAAAACAGCUGCGCUUUCGGAACAGAAGAAUAAGUCGGAUACAGACUCAGCUGGCCACAGGCCAUUGUUCCGCACUUUUGAUAUCCUUUAUCUGAACAACAAACCUCUAACCCAAUAUACCCUACGGGAUCGACAUCGAGCUUUGGAAAAGGCUAUCAAGCCUGUUCAUCGCCGACUUGAAAUUCACAGUUACGCUAAGGCAACGAGUGCCGAUGCAAUUGAGCCUCUUCUCCGCGAGGUUGUCGCUAAUGCUUCUGAAGGCCUUGUGCUGAAGAACCCGCGAUCUAUGUACCGUCUCAAUAGUCGAAAUGAUGACUGGCUUAAGGUCAAGCCUGAAUACAUGUCCGAGUUUGGCGAGUCCCUCGACUGUGUCAUUAUUGGUGGCUACUACGGUUCAGGGAAACGAGGUGGCAUGCUAUCAAGCUUCUUGUGUGGACUGCGUGUUACGCAAAAUCAUAUCCAAGCUGGCGCCAACCCCGAGAAGUGUUUCAGUUUCUUCAAGGUCGGUGGCGGUUUCCGUGCAGAAGACUAUGCGGAAAUUCGGCAUCGAACAGAAGGCAAAUGGAUUGAGUGGGAUCAGAAGAAUCCGCCAUCAAAGUACAUCGAACUUGGAGGAGGAGAGCUUAGACAGUAUGAGAGACCGGAUGUUUGGAUCAGACCUAAAGACUCUGUUGUUGUUUCUGUGAAAGCAGCCAGUGUUGGACCUUCAGAUCAAUUCGCUAGAGGCUUCACACUAAGAUUCCCACGAUUCAGAAGACUUCGACUGGACCGAACUUGGGAUACGGCCCUCUCCCUUGAAGAGUUCCAGGAGUUGAAGGAGCGAGUUGACGAAGAGUCAAAGGAGAAGGCGAUGACGGUUGAGGACAGGAAGCGGCGCAACCCCAAGCGAGUGAAGAGAGAGCUGAUCAUUGCUGGGGAGGACGCAAUUGUACCGGAGUCCAAGGGAGCGACGACAGACCUUUUCAAGGGACUUGACUUCUGCGUGCUUUCAGAAGCGCUCCGGCCUUACAAAAAGACCAAGACGCAGCUUGAAACCAUCAUCAAGGAGAAUGGCGGCACAGUCGUACAACGAGCCGUGCCAGGGACAAACAUGGUUCUGAUAGCCGACAAGAAGGUGGUGAAGGUGGCGAGCCUCAUUAAAGGAGGGGCCGUUGACAUUAUCCGCCCCAAAUGGAUAAGAGAUUGUCUCGAACAGGAAUUGGGGGCGUUUCUUUUGCCAUUUGAACCUUCGCAUCUGUUUCACGCUACUGAUGAAUUACAAGGAGCGGCAGAAGAUAACACAGAUCAGUUUGGGGACAGCUACGCGCGGGAUCUUUCCAUCGAAGAACUCAGAGAGCUAAUGCACGACAUCCCUAAGAUUGAGGACGGCACGCAUUUUGACAAGGAUGAAUUUCUCCAACAGCUUGAGGAGCAUGGGAACGACUUGGGACGAUUAAGGAGCUUUACCUUCCGACGCUGUGUGGUGCUGUUUCAUGCCGUGGAAGCUGGCGACAACAAGAUUUCGAGGCUAAAGCACCUUGUCAAGUACGGUGGGGGUAAUGUUACAAAUGACACCAAUGAUCUGUCUGUGACACAUGUGGUGAUCGAGGGCGACGACCUGAUGCAAGUGGGAGAGGCGGCUGAUAUGGUACGAAAAGAACUGAGCUCAAGGCGUGUGCAACCAAGAUUAGUGACAGGAAAAUGGAUUGACGAUUGCUGGAAUGAGAGCACAUUACUUGACGAGGAGCAGUUUAUGAUUCCUUGAGGAAUAUGGGGUACUUAUGAUGUAUACUAUCUAAACUAUAUGUUAAUGCAAUGAGAAUACAACGCC